AAAUUAAGUCUGUUUUCCUUAUGGGCAGUUUAAUUUGCUGUUUAUAAGUGGUGGGUUUUCAUUCGUUUGGGUCUUUCUGGUGUUUUGCUAGCUUUUGGCUGGAAGAAGGGGCUUUAACGACGGGAAAGAAUUUAGGGUUUUCAGUUUGAGUUGAGACCAGCCUCUAAUCCGGGCAUGUAUUUGGAAGAUUGUGAUUGAUCAGAAGAUGGAAACAAGAACCCAUAGACCAGAUUUGCAUGUCCUGCAAUACUUAGGGGACUAUCCUAAUUGCAACUUGGAAAGCACCAUGGAUCUUGCCCAGCUCCCCAGCUGUCACCGGUAUGGAAACAUUUCGUUCGAACCCUCCGAAAUGCUGAAUUUCAGCUCAAUUUCGCCAUUGUUGGUAUCACACAGGAAUGAUGUUAUGAACGUGAAUCAAGAACUGUCUGGAUCUUCUUCUUCAAGAAUGGAUAACAAUGCUUUCUUUAUAAGCUCUACACAAAAUUGUGGCUCUUGGAAUGUUGCUAACCCUAACAUUCAGAGCCAUAUGUUUGUUGGGGGAAGCUAUCCCGGGGUUUUGAGUCCGAAUAACGCCCCAUCUUUGGCUAACAAUCAAUCUAAUGAAAUUCAUGGGCAAUACACACACAAACAGUUUGAGGAUAUGCAACAUGAGUUCACCAGCACUUCGGCUCAUUAUCGAAGUUCUUCUUCUUCUGUUCAAGAAGUUAAUAAUAACAAUGGAGACUCUCAUCGAUGGAAUGGUGAAUUCGAAGGGGAGCCAAAACCCACUAAUGGGCCUCACAUCCCAAACACCCAAGCAUUAUCUCUGUCGCUUUCCUCGGUUUCACCUUCCAGGAUGAAUCCUAGGUGUGUUGUGCCUUUUGGUCCUUUUACCGGUUAUGCUACAAUUCUAAGAAGUUCAAGAUUUCUUAAACCGGCACAACAGCUGCUUGACGAGCUCUGCAGUUAUUCAGGCCAUAUGGGACUGAUAACAAGAAUCUCGGAGCAUUCUGAGAAGGUGUGGGAUGAAGUGAAUCUAUCUAGUGAUGUUGUUGUCAAUGCAGCUAACACAUAUUGUAUGGGAAGCUCAACUGAAUACCACCAAAGAUCUGAAAAUCAGCAAACAAGAGUCAAGUUGUUACAUAUGCAGGAAGAGGUUUGCAGAAAGUACAGCCAAUAUCGACAGCAAAUGCAGAUGGUAGUGUCAUCCUUCGAAUCAGUGGCGGGGCUUAGUGCCGCGACGCCAUACAUCUUCUUGGCUCUCAAGGCAACCGCGAGGAGUUUCAGUUCCCUUCACAAUGCCAUCUCAUAUCAGCUCAAGAACACGUGCAAAGCUAUGGGAGAGGACAGGUUAUUAUCCUCCAUUGGGAAAGGCAAAGGAGAUAGAGCUAGCUCAAGCUUGAAACUGGUUGACCAUGGUGUUGACAAGCACGGCGGCAGCAGCAUGGGGUUCUUGGAUCACCAACCCCACGUUUGGAGGCCCCAGCGUGGCCUUCCCGAGCGUGCUGUUUCGGUUCUUAGAGCCUGGUUGUUUGAUCAUUUCCUUCAUCCGUAUCCAACGGACACGGACAAGCAUAUGCUGGCCACCCAAACAGGCCUAUCUCGAAACCAGGUUUCCAAUUGGUUCAUCAAUGCCCGGGUCCGAGUGUGGAAGCCAAUGGUGGAAGAAAUACACAUGCUUGAGACGAAAGCAAUGGCAGCACAAAAGGGCUCAAAAGCGGGCGAAGACAACGCAAACCACCCUAAAACUGCCCCGUACCCAACAAUCGGGCCCCACACCAUGAGCGGAGCCCCAGGGAUGGGGGCAACAACGUCCUACAUUGGUGGAAACCAGUUUAGGACCAACGACCACAACAAUUGCCCCCAUCUUCCUCCUGGCAUGGAUGGGCCCAUGCUCAUGGGCGUUGUGCCUUACCAACAAGGCAACCUCGGGUCGGUUUCGCUGACAUUGGGGUUGAGGCAGAGUGCUGACGGGGCGACACAAAAACAAUUGCACCCACACCACCAACAACUUGGAAGUCAUCAGAUGAUGGUCCAUGACUACUUUGGAUAAAAAUUGAAGGUGUUUUGUUCAAUUAAUUGCUCGAAAUCGGGUCGGGUUCUCGUGGUCUAACCGUGUAUUAUAUGUUGUAAUGACUCUUUGCCUUGAUGAUUAUAAACCUCAGUCGAAAAUAGAAAAUUAAUCAUAUGUUAUUAU